CUGGAAACGGCCCAGAUGAGUUGAAGGAUUGAUACAAAUGUAUCAGAGUGAGUUGCGCUCUUCUCCUGACUGCAGCCGCCGAGGAGAGCCGGACCCAGAGCCGAUUGUUACCCAGGGAGGAGAGCACCCCCAAGGCUUCAUGCUGCACCCACUCAACUAUCAUGGCAAGGGAUCCUGGCAGCAGCAUGGCACAGCGGGGCUCCACUAAACUUUGCAGCCUGCUGGCGCUGCUCUGUGCCAGUCUGGCGGUGGAGGCGCAGUAUAAUGGAGAGAAGGGCAUCUCUAUCCCGGACCAUGGUUACUGCCAACCCAUCUCCAUCCCCCUGUGCACGGAUAUCGCCUACAACCAGACGAUCAUGCCCAAUCUGCUAGGGCACACCAACCAGGAGGACGCUGGGCUGGAGGUGCACCAGUUCUACCCGCUGGUGAAGGUCCAAUGUUCCCAGGAGCUGAAGUUCUUCCUGUGCUCCAUGUAUGCCCCUGUGUGCACUGUGCUGGAGCAGGCACUGCCCCCAUGUAGGUCCCUAUGUGAGAGGGCCAGGCAGGGCUGCGAGGCUCUCAUGAACAAGUUUGGCUUCCAGUGGCCUGAGAGUCUGCGCUGUGAGAAGUUCCCAGUCAAUGGGGCAGGGGAGCUGUGUGUGGGGCAGAACACCUCAGACAAGGGCACCCCUACACCAGCUGUGCCAGUGCUGUGGACCAGCAACCCUAACUACAGAUCCCCCCACAGGGACAAGUUCUCCUGCCCCAGGGCACUCAAGGUACCAGCUUAUGUCAACUACCACUUCUUGGGGGAGAAGGACUGUGGUGCCCCUUGCGAAGCUGGCAAAGUUCACGGGUUGAUGUAUUUUGCGCCAGAGGAAUUGCGCUUCUCCCGAAUAUGGAUAGGCAUCUGGUCGGUACUUUGUUGUGCGUCUACCCUGUUCACGGUACUGACUUACCUGGUGGACAUGAAACGCUUCAGUUACCCGGAGAGACCCAUCAUCUUCCUCUCUGGGUGCUACACCAUGGUGGCCAUAGCUUACAUUGCCGGCUUCCUACUAGAAGACAAAGUGGUGUGCAAUGAGAGGUUCUCAGAGGAUGGCUACAAGACGGUGGUCCAGGGCACCAAGAAAGAGGGCUGCACCUUCCUCUUCAUGAUGCUUUACUUCUUCAGCAUGGCCAGUUCCAUCUGGUGGGUCAUCCUUUCGCUCACUUGGUUUUUAGCAGCUGGCAUGAAAUGGGGACAUGAAGCCAUAGAAGCCAAUUCUCAGUACUUCCACUUGGCAGCGUGGGCAGUGCCAGCCAUCAAAACCAUCACGAUCUUGGCUGUGGGGCAAGUGGACGGGGAUAUUCUCAGCGGGGUUUGCUUUGUUGGAAUAAACAAUGUGGAUGCCCUGCGCGGAUUUGUCUUGGCCCCACUUUUUGUUUACUUGUUCAUUGGCACUUCCUUUCUCCUGGCCGGUUUUGUGUCCCUCUUUAGGAUCAGAACCAUUAUGAAACAUGAUGGCACCAAAACCGAAAAGUUGGAGAAGCUGAUGGUGAGGAUAGGCAUCUUCAGCGUCCUCUACACCGUCCCGGCCACCAUUGUCAUUGCCUGUUAUUUUUACGAACAAGCUUUUAGGGAACAGUGGGAGAAAAGUUGGGUGAGCCAAAGUUGCAAGACCUAUGCUGUCCAAUGCCCCAGUAGCAACCACCCGCCCAUGACGCCGGAUUUUACCGUAUUCAUGAUCAAAUAUCUCAUGACCCUAAUCGUAGGAAUAACCUCUGGUUUUUGGAUCUGGUCUGGCAAAACUCUUAAUUCCUGGAGAAAGUUUUAUACAAGACUCACCAACAGCAAACAAGGAGAAACAACAGUGUGACCCCCCUCCCCCCACCCCAGCGCCCACCCUCCUGACUUGUACACUGUAUAUGUUUUGUUGUAAAUAACAAACCUGUAACAUUUUGUAAGUAUAUUUUGUAUUUAAAUGACAACA